AUGCCGCAGAGGUCCAUCAAGGCGUGGCCCCAGCUCGUCGAGCUGUACCUGUCCGGCAACGAGCUGACGACGCCGCCGGCGGACGACCUGGAGGAUAGCAGCCUCCUGCAGGUGCUGCACAUCAACGGCAACAAGUUCACCAACCUGCCGGCCGACAUAUCGCGGGCUAAGAAACUGACGGUGCUCGACUGCGGUAACAACUCGCUCAAGUACAACAUUGCCAACGUGCCCUACGACUGGAACUGGAACCUGAACCCCAAGCUGCGGUACCUCAACCUGUCGGGCAACAAGCGCCUCGAGAUCAAGCAGACGGUCGUCGGGCCCGGCGCCGCCAGCCGCGAGCAGCUUGCAGAUUUUAAUAGGCUGCAGAACCUGCGCGUGCUCGGUCUGAUGGACGUCACGCUGACGCAGCCCACGAUCCCCGACCAGAGCGACGACCGCCGCGUGCGCACGUCCGGCUCGCUCGCCGGCCACUUGCCGUACGGCAUGGCCGACACGCUCGGCAAGAACGAGCACCUGUCGACCGUCGACCUCGUCGUGCCGCGCUUCAACUCGUCCGACACGGAGACGCUGCUCGGUCUGUUUGACGGGCAGGCGCUGACCACGGGCGGGUCCAAGAUUGCCAAGUACCUUCACGAGAACUUUGGCCACAUCUUUGCGCACGAGCUCAAGCAGCUCAAGCCGCGCCAGCAGGAGACGCCCGCCGACGCGCUCCGCAGGGCGUUCCUCUCGCUCAACAAGGACCUCGUCACCGUCGCGACCCAGCACAACGAGGACAGGGCCGUCACCACCGGACCGGGGCCUAAGGUGGCCGCGCAGCCCGUGGUGCUGAGCAAGGAGGAUCUCAACUCGGGCGGCGUCGCGACGGUCGUGUACCUGCAGGGCACCGAACUGUUCGUCGCCAACGUCGGCGAUGCGCAGGCCAUGCUCAUCCAGACGGACGGCUCGCACAAGAUCCUGACGCGCAAGCACGACCCCGCCGAGCCGACGGAACGCCAGCGCAUUCGAGAGGCGGGCGGCUGGGUGUCGCGCAACGGCAAGCUCAACGACCUGCUCGAGGUCUCGCGCGCCUUUGGCUACGUCGGCCUCAUGCCCUCGGUGCAGGCCGCCCCCUACGUCAGCAACGUGACGAUCCGCGAGUCGGACGACAUCAUCCUCCUCGCGACGCGCGAGCUCUGGGAGUACAUGUCGCCGGGUCUCAUCGUCGACGUCGUCCGGUCCGAGCGCGGCGACCUCAUGCGCGCGUCGCAGAAGCUCCGCGACUUGGCCAUCGCCUACGGCUCGGCCAGCAAGAUUAUGAUCAUGCUGCUCAGCGUCUCGGACCUCAAGAGGCGGAUGGAGCGCUCGCGGCUGCACCGCGGCCAGAGCAUGUCUCUGUACCCGUCCGGCGUGCCCGAAGACCUGCAGAGCCUGCCGCGCCGCGGCAAGAAGACCAAGGCCGGCGAUGUGCUCGACUCGACGCUCCAGCGGCUCGAGGCCGAGAUUCCCGCGCCCACGGGCCAGAUCUCCAUCGUCUUCACCGACAUCAAGAACUCGACGACGCUCUGGGAGAUGUACCCCUCGGCCAUGCGCUCGGCGAUCAAGCUGCACAACGAGGUCAUGCGUCGCCAGCUGCGGCGCAUCGGCGGCUACGAGGUCAAGACGGAAGGCGACGCGUUCAUGGUGUCCUUCCCGACGGCGACGUCGGCCCUGCUGUGGUGUUUCGCCGUGCAGAUCUCCCUGCUCGAGGUCAACUGGCCGCCCGAGGUGCUCAACUCGGUGUCCUGCCAGCCGCUCUUCGACAAGGACAACGCGCUCAUCUUCAAGGGCCUGUCUGUGCGCAUGGGCAUACACUUUGGCGAGGCGGUCAACGAGAUGGAUCCGGUGACUAGGCGCAUGGACUACUUCGGCCCCAUGGUCAACAAGGCGUCGCGCAUCUCGGCCGUGGCCGACGGCGGCCAGAUCACCGUGUCGUCCGACUUCAUCUCGGAGGUGCAGCGGUGCCUGGAGACGUCGCAGGACACGGACCGUAACGGGUCGACGGGGUCGGACGACGCCUUUGACGACGACCAGAGCCUGGCGGCGGCGAUCCGGCGCGACCUGCGGUCCCUGAGCUCGCAGGGCUUCGAAGUCAAGGAGAUGGGCGAGCGCAAGCUCAAGGGCCUCGAGAACCCCGAGGUCGUCUACUCGCUGUACCCGCACGCGCUCAUCGGCCGCGCCGAGCAGCACCAGCAGCACGACCGCGGCGUCGAGGUCGAGAAGCCGGCGACCAUGCAGCCCGGCAGCGAGCUCGCCUUUGACCCGGACCUCAUCUGGGGUCUCUGGCGCGUCAGCCUGCGGCUCGAGAUGCUGUGCAGCACCCUGGAGAACGAGAGCGGCCGCGCGCUGCAGGCGCCCGAGACGGAGCUGCUCGAGCGCAUGAAGCAGCGCGGCGGCGAGGUGACGGAGCGGUUCCUGCUCAACUUUAUGGAGCACCAAGUGAGCAGGGUCGAGACGUGCACCACGACGCUGGCGCUCCGGCACAUGGCCAACGGCAGGGCGCCCAUCGGGCAGCUCAACGAGCUGCGCGCGCCCAUCACCGACGUGCUCGCCCAGGUCGCCGAGCAGAUGGCCGAGCUGCAGCGCUACAAGGCGCGGUUCGGCGAGCUCCAGAGCCUCUCGGACGAGGGCAGCGACACGGAGCAGGAGUAA